AUGGGACACUGCUACUGUGCUCUCCUCUAUUUCAGCCAGCAGCCUCAGUCUGCCCUUCCCAGCCCCCACCCAGGAGACUUUAUCACCCCAGCCAGUGGCUCCAAACCAUAUUUGGCCACAGAGGCAGGUGCCCCUGGAGUGGGGGGGCAGGGGGCAGAGCAGUGGAAAGUGUCUCCCUGUCUUCUACUUCCUCAACCUCUUCCUGCAGUCCUUUGUGGAACAUGUCCUUACUUUUUACAAAGACAACAGGAUUUGCUAACUCCCUGUACCGACGGGGCGGCGGCGCACGACGUGCAGCGGCUGCUAGUGCAGUUCCAGGAUGAGGGCGGGCAGCUGCUGGGCUCCCCGUUCGACGUGCCCGUGGACAUCACCCCCGACAAGCUGCAGCUCGUGUGCAACGCGCUGCUGGGCCAGGAAGAUCCCCUACCCCUGGCCUUCUAUGUCCACGAUGCCGAGAUUGUCUCCUCGCUGGAGAAGACUCUGGAGUCCCAGGCAGUGGAGACAGAGAGGAUCGUAGACAUCAUCUACCAGCCCCAGGCUGUCUUCAGGGUCCGGGCUGUGACCCGCUGCACCAGCUCCUUGGAGGGUCACAGCGAAGCAGUCAUUUCUGUGGCCUUCAGCCCCACCGGAAAGGCACAGACACUGGGUCCUUAGCAUAUCCUGGUCUCCAGAUGGCAAGAAACUGGCCUCAGGCUGCAAAAAUGGCCAAAUUCUCCUUUGGGAUCCCAGCACAGGGAAGCAGGUGGGCAGGACCCUUGCUGGCCAUAGCAAGUGGAUCACAGGUCUGAGCUGGGAGCCCCUCC